AUGCUCGACGUCCAAGAUUUCAUUGUCUCAAGAGGAGGUGACCCCAAGAAAGUGAUCGAGAGUCAACGCAGAAGAUAUGCCUCGCCAGAAAUCGUGGACGAGGUCAUUGCCCUCUGGGAAGAUGCCUACAAGACACGGUACCAAGCUUCUCAAAUCGGUGCCAAAAUCAAUGCUCUCCAGAAAGAGAUUGGCAAGCUGAAGAAGGCCAAACAAGACGCCGAUCACCUGUUAAAGGAGAAGGUCGACCUCGAGAAAGAGAAAAAGAAGACCGAAGAUGAGGCCGUGGAAAAGGAAAAGGCAAGGGACAAGAAGUGCAAACUGAUCGGAAACUACGUGCAUGAGUCGGUGCCUGUAAACGACAACGAGGACUUCAACGAGGUCGUCCAGAAAUGGACACCCGAAGGCGUCACGGUCGAGAAGAAAGAGUGCCUCUCGCAUCACGAAGUCAUGACCCGAGCCGAGGUGUAUGACGGCGAGCGAGGCGUCAAACUGGUCGGACACAGAGGCUACUUUCUGCGCAAGUGGGGUGUGCUCCUGAACCAGGCCCUCAUCAACUAUGGUCUGCAUUUCCUCACGGCCAGAGGUUAUGACCCGAUCCAACCCCCUUUCUUCAUGAAGGCCGAGUACAUGGCCAAGACGGCACAGCUCGAGCAGUUCGACGAGGAGCUGUACAAGGUGGUCGAGGACAAGGAUGCCGAGGACAAAUACCUGAUCGCCACUUCGGAGCAGCCCCUCUCAGCCAUGUUUGCCGAUGAGUGGUUGACGGAGAAAGACCUCCCGAUGAAAUUCGCCGGUUACAGUUCAUGCUUCAGAAAAGAGGCAGGUGCCCACGGAAGAGAUGCCUGGGGGUUGUACCGGAUACAUCAAUUUGAAAAGAUUGAACAAUUCCUCUUCGUCAAGCCUGAAGACUCAUGGCAAGCCCUCGAAGACAUGAAGACGGUCGCCGAGGAAUUCUACCAGUCUCUCAAAUUGCCGUACCGAGUCGUGGCCAUUGUGUCGGGAGCCCUGAACAACGCCGCGGCCAAGAAAUACGAUUUGGAGGCCUGGUUCCCCUACCAGGGCGAGUACAAGGAACUGGUCUCUUGCUCGAAUUGCACCGACUACCAGACCCGCGAGCUGGAGAUUAGGUACGGUCAGAAGAAGGGUGCGAUCGACGCGAGAAAGACGUACGCCCACGCCUUGAACGGGACGUUGUGUGCCACGGAACGCACGCUGUGCUGCCUGCUUGAGAAUUAUCAGAAGGAAGACGGCUUCGAGGUCCCCGAGGCUCUGAGACCGUACAUGCCCCCUGGAACUCCGGAGAUCAUUCCCUACACCAAGGAACUGCCCAAGGACACCGUGUCGGCCAAGUCGAAGCAGCCCGCGAAACCGAAGAAGGACGGAGGUGCGCCAGAGGGUGGUCCAAAGUUGAACAUGCCUGCGGCAGAGAAUGUGGCUGAUAAGUUGAAGGAUAUGAAGGUCUGA